GAAGGAUCAUCCUUGGAGAGCUCUCAGAAGCACCGCUGCGGCGUGUGUGUGACCUGGGCACAGCCCAGACUGACCUGGACAAAGAGGGUUCCUGUCCGAGAGGACGUUUUGGGGAUCCAAGCAGUUCAAGACUGCAGCCGGCUCUUUCCAAGAGCGGGGAAUUCCUUUGGAGACAACUCAGACUUGCUCUGAGAAGUUCCCCAUGGCUCAGCAAGGAGACGACUGCUACUACUAUUUCUACUCCGUCUGUCUGAAGGGAGACAGCUGUCCCUUCCGCCACUGUGAAGCGGCUCUGGGGAGUGAACGAGUCUGCCGACUGUGGGUGCAGGGUUGCUGUUUCCGGAAUGACUGCAAGUUCAGACACAUGAAAAUUGAUAAGAAGCGCAGUGAGAUUCCCUGCUAUUGGGAGAAUCAGCCGGGAGGCUGUCAGAAAGCCCACUGCCCUUUUCUUCACCUGAAGGAAUGCGGUGGGAACGCACCGACCGUACCACCAAGCAACGAAGCUGACCCGAGCGGCCUUCCUCUGAACAGCGGCCUUGCAGAAAGCCUGGAGAACCAGACAGAGGUUGAGGAGGCACCAGAGACAGUUGACAUCCCAGCUUCCUCCCAUGGCCCGGCUGCAACAAAACGCAAGCGAUCUGAGGAGACGGGCAAAGCAAGGGAAUUGCCUCGCAAGAAGAGAGUCAAGGGUGAGCACAAGGAGCUUGUUACAGUGCCUCAGCACAGUAAUGCUGUCACUUAGCAUUGUUCUGGGUCAGUUUUCCUUGCCCUGGACUAUUACUGAGUGCAGCUCCUGGGUUUCUUCGUUCCUUUCGAUGUGCUGUGGGUAGACAGAGAGCACUGUGUGGGAAUGAUACGAGAACGUGGAUUUCUCUGGAGGCACAGCAAUCUCUUCCUUUUACUCCAGAUGGACGCAAGGUGCGCGGGAGGCCUAUUGACUGGAAGACCACCUUCCC